AUGACGGCCCUCCUAGUUUGCCCAACAGAAAUCCUGAAUUUCAUCUUCAAGUGUCUGCCUGCAUCCUCUCUCCACGCCCUCUGCCGCAUCAGCAAGGGCUUACGCCAAGUGGCCGAGCCUCUACUAUACUCUGGGAUUGAGUUGAUAUGGGAUACACUUCGGCCUCCUACCAUCAUCGCGCUUUUAUGCACUCUUCAACUUCGGCCUCAGUUGGCCAGCCUUGUGAAAAAGCUUAGCCUGCAAUCGCCAUACAAGGUUAUCCCCCCUAGUAUUUCAACUGAGGGCGCUGAUUUGCACGGCUUCGUUGCAACAAUCCUGGGAAUCAAUGCGCCAUUCCUUGACCUAUGGAUACAAGAAUCAGAAAACCGCACCAUGGAUGCGUUUGUUAUGCUGCUGUUGUACUUCGUCCGGAAUAUAACCAAUCUGCGGCUGACUGGUGCCUUCGCCAGGGAGAACGGCCUCCUUGACAUGAUGCUGAGAGCUUCCCUUUUUGCGAAUACGGCCGAUGUUCUCCCACUCUCCCACCUUUCAUCUGUCCGGUCGAUUACAGCUGAGAUAGACAACACUGUCGUAUUGGAGUGGCCGACGUAUACACCCAAUCCUUCCAAUAUCACCACACUGGACCUUAAAGUCUUACGAGAGGGCCAUUUGGGUCGAAUUCUAGCUACAAGAAAGAAUUUGAAGACGCUCAAGUGGGAGUGGAGUUGGGAGCCAUACCAGACAGACGGAAUUAACAACCAUGUCAUCAAUCUCCACCAGAUUACCGCAGACUUGUCCUUCGUUCAGGGAACAUUGGAGAGCCUGCAGCUAUCUGCGACAGUCAAACUCGAGCAUCAGGACCCCAGACCCCGUAUCAAUGGAUCUCUAAAAUGCCUGGAGGACGUGAGGAAUCUACGCAAGCUCCAGGUACCUCAACUUGGCCUGGAAGACUUGAUGCCCAAGAAUAUACGUCACCUGACUAUCAAUGAAGAUAUGUCCCGGCUAAAGGAAAUGAUUACCUGGCAAGGCCGUGACCUCUUCAACCGACUUCAGCAAUGUUUCACUCUAUCAUUGCAUCGCUCCAAUGACCAGUUACUCGGUGAUCAGCUUGAGGACUUAUUAGACUAG